AUGACAGGUGGAGGCAAUGGCAUUGCUGAUACAGCACCACCCCUGGCUCAUGCCAUUGGUGGCUCGCUGGGAUCGGCAUUGGCGCUGUUGCUGUUGUACCCCUUGGAACGAGCGCGGGUGGAAAUGCAAACCAGGGAUGCCACUCCGCCGUCAAGCGCCACGGACAUUAAUGACAAAGUUCAGCCACUACGAGUCGCCAAAGAAACGUCCCGAGGAGGUGGCACGGUAGAUGUGUUACAGGUGGCUCCGAUUAUUAUUCCUCCUCCUGGACGAAACAAUAAUGAUACCAAGCCAAAGGAGAGUGAACCCCAGCAAGGAUCACUGUCGGAAGAAUCCUGGUCGUCUUGUCGGGGUGAUACAGAAGGCAUGGGGGUAGUCUCGGCAUCGUCUUCUUUGGAAUAUGAAGCGAAAGCAGAACAACAAGAAGUCCAACAUUUACAGAAAACAAAAAAGUCGUCGUCGUCAUUGGCAGCAGUGACAUCAAAGGCUGCAAGCACCACCAACAACAACAAGCUGGGAAUCUUGGCUUGCAUUUAUCAACUCCAUCGCAAGAAACAACUCUAUCGAGGUGUGACUCCCGUAGUGACUACCAUGGCUCUCUCCAACUUUGUCUUUUUUUACUUUCACUCCUUCUUGAAGCAGUUGCUAAUACUGAAACACAAACAAUCCACAACAUCUCUCCAAUUAUCACUGCUAGCUUCCAGUUUGGCAGGGAUUGCCAAUGUACUUUUGACCAAUCCCUUGUGGGUCGCCAACCUGAGAAUUGUGACUUCUUCGGGGAACAACAAUAGCAAGUAUGCCGAAGAAUCCAACCUGUGGAAAGAACUCCGAUCCAUUGUCCAGAAAGAGGGAUGGACUCAUUUGUGGAAUGGAACCCCGGCAUCGCUGUUAUUGGUAUCCAACCCGGUCAUUCAAUUUGUGGCCUACGAGCAAUUAAAGACUCGACUAUUGCAACACUUGCGAGGAGGAGGACGACGACAAACGUCGGCUCUCAAGCCACUGGAAGCCUUUCUGUUGGGCGCUCUUGCCAAGGCCAUUAGUACCGUAUUGACAUAUCCAUUGCAAUUGGCACAAACAAUAUUGCGCGUGCAAAAAGACAAUUCGCCAGCUACUACAAGAAAAGGUGAGGAAUCCACUACUACUACUACUGUGGCGAACUCGUCAUCCAGCGAAGAAGCAUAUCGGGGGACAUUGGAUUGCUUGAUCAAGAUCUACCGACGAAAGGGACUAGAAGGGUGGUUUUCAGGUAUGCAAACGAAGCUUCUUCAGACUGUCUUGACGGCCGCUUUUACCUUCUUGACCUAUGAGCAGAUUCUGCGGGCCAUCAUGGCUGUGCAUCGCUCGAUACGGUUGCGUGGUCGGAUCCCGAGCGGAGGCAGCAGUUUGUAG